AUGGGUAGAUGCUUCCGUCUUCGAGAUUCAAACCCUCGCGCUUCCGCCGGAUCCUACAACCCCAGUCUCCUUAUCAUCGCCGCCAUCCUCAUCUUCGUCAUCGCCGCCUCCGCCUCCAUCCACCUCCUCCUCCGUCUCUUCUCCCGCUUCCACUCUCCCUUCUCUCCACCCAUCCCAAACUCUAACCCUAACCCUAAUCCUCAAUCCAGCUUUGGCUCUACCUCAACAACCGAUCACGAUACGAAGGCUUUGAUCGCAUCACUCCCGAUCUCCACCGCGCGGCCGACGUCUCUCCCGGCGAUCGCGGUGUGCCUCUCCCAUCUCCGUCCCUCGGGAUCGGCUCCGCAUCCUCCCGCAUGCCGCCACGCCUUCCACCUCUCCUGCGUCGGCGCUCGGCUCCGAUCCUCCCCUUCCUGCCCUCUCUGCCGUUCUCCGAUCACCACCUCCGGCCUCGAGAUCCCAACUCCACCAAUCCCUUCUCCACUUCCCAGAUCCUUCUCGAUCGGAUCCGAAGAAGAGGACAUUGAAUCCGUGGUCGCGAGAGUGAGACGAGACCUCGAGAACGCCAUGAAGGAGGAGACGCCGCCACCUCUGGAAUCCACCGGCGGGAGGGGAGGAUGGCUCAAGGACUACGUCGAUCGCCUCGCCUCAUCGGCAUCUUCAUCUUUCUCCUCGAUGCGGCGAGGGAGCCACCGGAGCGGUGCCGGCGGUGAGCGCGAGGGUUUGGAUCUCGAAGACGGAAGCAUCUACACCGCUACGCUAUACCGAUGGCUUGCAAACGGAGAUGGAGACGGAGAGAAACUCAAAAACUGAGAGAAGAGAGCGUGAGACGGGCAGAGAAAGGAGUAACGAAAGAGAGAGGGAAUCAAAAGAGGCAAACUUCGAAAUGGGCUUGGCCGCAUCGG